AAUCUUCCAACAACGGAACUGGCUGACGCAAUGCAAAUGCCCAGCUGUGAGUAUUCGGUACGCCGCGAUUCUCCGAAUGGGCCUACAUUAACAUUUGCCAAUGUUGGAGAUACGGUGUACCACGUUUGGGAGUGUAACCCUACCGAUAUGGGUAUGCUUGUGAAAAAAUGCUUCGUCACGGAUGGAGAUGGAGAAGACCAUGCGGUUAUUGACUAUGACGGAUGCUCUACCGAUGCGUCCUUGCUCAGCGAACUUGCAUACGACCAGAAUUUGAUGAGAGCACAUGCAACAAGUCAGGUGAGAGCUCUUCGGCGAAAAACCAAUUUCUCGCUUGCAAGAAAAAAUUUUGAAAGCUUCCCUUAUGCCUAG